CUGGAAGAAAUGGUAGGAGCGAAUAGCGAUGCGAGAAGCGAGGAGGAGAGAUUGAAACCCCAAAACCAAGAGGAUAGAAAGAGGCGAGCCUAAGACAUGAGUAUGGAAGGAAGAUUCCUAAUUUGGUUCCCCUCCACGCUUCCUUGUCUCCCUCUCCUCUUCUUCGUUCCCCCAACUGAAACACAGCAAGAAACCCCGCCAAGCGAACUUCCUCCCGUUCCAUAGAUCAGGAGCCUAGCCUAGCCACACCACUUUCAUGUGAAGAGAGGAGGAUAAGAAGAGGCAAUGGGCAUCUUGUUCGAGGAUGCGGUGUUGAUAAAAGAGGCCGAGAAGCGGGGCGAUCCCACUGUCAUCACUGUGAACUGCCCCGACAAGACUGGCCUGGGUUGUGAUUUGUGUAGGAUCAUAUUGCUCUUCGGCUUGAGCAUUGCCAGAGGAGAUGUUACAACGGAUGGCAAAUGGUGUUACAUAGUUUUCUGGGUAGUUGGGAGGCCAAAAACAAGGUGGGAUUUGAUAAAGAAGAGACUAGUAGAGGUGUGCCCGAUGUGUCUGCCUGCUGUAGCAGAAAUUUACUACUACAGAGAGGAAUUUCAACAGCCUAAGCCCCCAGACAUCUUCCUAUUGAAGUUCUGGUGUUACUACGAUCGCAAAGACCUCUUACAUGAUGUAACAAAGGUUCUUUGCCAACUGGAGCUUACAAUAAAGAGAGUUAAGGUAUCCACAACACCGGAUGGGAGAGUGAUGGAUCUUUUCUUUGUCACAGACAUUAGAGGACUGCUUCACACUAAGAAGAGACAGGAGGAAACUGUUGGCUGUUUGGAUGCUGUACUAGGGAAUGCUCUCAUAACUUGUGAGAUUGAACUGGCUGGUCCAGAAGUUAUUGCGUGCUCACAUGGAUCCUCCUUUCUUCCACCAGUAAUUAUGGAAGACAUGUUUUGUUUAGAGUUCUGCAGCCGAUACUUGAAUGGUUCUCUUGCCUCCAAUCCUAUAUCUAUCACAGUGGAUAAUUCUCUCAGCCCCUCUCACACCCUCAUUCGAAUUCUCUGCCAAGAUUACAAAGGUCUCCUUUACGACAUCAUGAGAACCUUAAAGGAUUACAACAACCAUAUUUAUUAUGGUCGAUUCUUUGCUAGUUCAAAGGGGAGCUGUGAGGUGGACUUGUUUAUAAGGCAAGUGGAUGGAAAGAAGAUAGUUGACCCCGAGAAGCAGAAUGCCUUGUGCUCUCGCUUGAGAAUGGAGCUUGCCUGUCCUCUUAGUGUCAAUGUGUUGAGUCGAGGUCCCGACACUGAGCUGCUGGUAGCAAACCCUGUCGAGUUAUCAGGCAGGGGCCGACCACUCGUGUUUUAUGAUAUUACCCUUGCUCUCAAGACUCUUGAUAUACGCAUCUUUUCGGUGGAGAUAGGGAGACACUGGAUUCGCGAUCGGGAAUGGGAGGUUUACAGAAUCCUACUGGACGAUGGGGAUGAUUUCCCUCUGCCCAGGAAUAGGGAUGCGAUCAGGGAGCGUGUUCAAAAGGAGUUGAUGGGUUGGGAAUGAGGCACCCGUAAUUACUAUCAGCUAGGAGGUUGGUUUGUUUACUGACCACUGUACAGUUCACAUUUUUUUUUUUCUUUUCCUCUGUUCUUUCCCCAGCUCUUAUCCAUCUGCUGCUGUGUGGCCGUUAAGUGUAUGUACCUAAGACCACCUUUGAGGGAAUGCCAUACUCCAAUUUCCUCUCUGUCCAGCUUAAUUAGAUACGAGUUUGUUGCUUCCCAGGGCAUAGAGCAGAUGGCAAAGGACAAGCCGUGAUAUGCCGGUGUCAUCCCGGUAGGUCGCGAUUUUGAACCCUGGCCUCUCCAAAACACAUCUCACAGUUUACUUCCUCUUAACAGAAUUAAAAGACUGAUUAAAAGACUGAGCACUGGAGGCUCUCAAAGGGAGAGUCAGCCCAAGAUACAAGUUUGUUCUUUUAUUUUGCUUGGCACAACCUCGAUAAUAUUAAUAUAUCAAAUUUUAAUCUUACUAUGUUAGGUGGAUUCAUAAA